AACCGGCCAAACCGCUCGGCGCCCGGCGGCCGCUCUCAGUUUCAUUUCAGUAUACGUCAGGUCGUCCUCAGGCGAGCGCGCGCGGUUAUAUAAACACACAACUUUUAUCGUUCGUAUUAACCAUGGCUACCGACGAACUAAGCGGCAUUCUCAUGCGAAGGCAGGAGAUCAACGAUAAACUUGAAGAAGGGGUUGAGAUAAAACCGAAAUAUAAAUUCACGAAUGUUUAUACGGAGUUCCACGAAUUCUCCAGGAAAGAAAUAAAACAGUACGAACAGACCUUCAACAAAUUUGACGAAGGCUGCGACGGCUACUUAGAUCUCACCGAGGUAAAGCGAAUGAUGGAGAGGCUGGGCGCUCCACAAACACACCUGGGUCUGAAGGCGAUGAUCACGGAAGUGGAUGAGGACGGGGACAACAAGAUCAGUUUUAGAGAAUUUCUGCUCAUCUACAGGAAAGCUCGAGCAGGCGAACUCGAAACAGAUUCUGGUUUGGAAGCAUUAGCAAGACUUACAGAAAUAAACGUAGACCAAGUAGGUGUAAACGGAGCGAAAAAUUUCUUUGAGGCUAAAAUAGAAGAGUUAGCCAAGACAAAUAAGUUCCACGACGAAAUAAUUCAAGAACAAGAAGAAAAACGCCGGGAAGCUGAGGAAAAGGCCUUAAGAAAACAGAGGUUUAAGGAAAAAUCUGCAAUAUUUCAACAUUAAUGUGCAAUCUAGGUUGUUGUUUCUAGUCUUGUAAGUUGUUACCAGUUACAGAUGUAGAACUAUCUUAGGUGGUACUAAUACUUGACAUGAAAAUGUCAUUGAUGUAUAAUCUUAGAGUAUGUUCCGAUAUAGACAGCCAGUGUAAUGCCGAAGUGCUCUAGGGAAAUAUAUGACGUCAAAUCGCCUCCAUAUUCUACUGUGAGCGCUGGCGUAUUCGAGGUAAGGUACCUACUCGCAGUACUUUGAUCACGUGAUCAGUCAAAACCACUCGAGUGCCUAACGUUUUAUAAACAAUACCUACAGUUUAAUCCAAAAAUUAUAAACUUCUGUAAUUAGUUUGGAUUAAUACAUAAAACAAUGGAAGAAUUGCAAAAAUUAACCUUAUUAGACUGUGUUAAAAAUGUUCAAAACAAGCUGAAACUUACGCAGGAAUUUUUGAUCGUGCAAAGACAGCAGUAAAUGUGCCAUUAAUGAACUAGUAAACUUAAGUACACUCAUUUGAAUGCUGCGUCAAAAAAUGCGGCUGACAGUAACCAGUAUAACUGGCUAUAAAGGAACGGCUUCAUAGUAUACUAAAUUGGCGUCACACUGUACAGUCACAGUAGACGUACAUACACUGACCUUUAUAAAUACCACUGGACAGGCUGUUCCAUAAUGUUUCACAGCAAAUUUUUUGUGCCUAUUUGAAGCGCCACCCGCGAGCGUCCAGAGAACUUAUUUUGACGUAUACGUAUAAUACAAAUGGCUGCGAAGGAACAUACAAAUACUCUGAAGUAUUUUUGCAUUUUGAAUUCAUUUCGUUCGUUUUCCGUGUAUACAAUUUUUUUUGUAAAUAGUUUCCCAGCAUCUAUCGAUGUUUCAUUGUUUGUUCUCAUCACUAGUUUUAGUACCGCAGACUCUCGCUACAUGGCCAACAGCGCCAAAAUGGCGAAUAUCAAACAGGCACAAAAUCACUUUGUCAGCCGCCAGUCCAGUGGUAUAUACUAAAGCCUAGAGGUCAGUGCGUACAUAUGUCUACUGUGGCACAUUGGUCAUCAGCUGUCGCAGUGCAUUUCGGAACAUACACUUAAUAUAAAUCAAAAAGUUAAUAUAGUGAAUGAAUAAAAAAAUAAUUAUUUCUGCAGAUCUUAAUUAAUAAUGUUAAAAUGUAACAGUCUGCAGGCAAAUUGAUUACUUUGGCAUUUUUAUUUAGAAGUGAAACUAAAAUUAUUAUAUACUUUGAAUAAUUGAGUAUCUUUGAAAUAACAAUACGUUGUUGGGUACGUGAAGUGGCGAAAGGGGGUAACUAUGGUAAAUACUAAAUUGCAUAAUCCCGUAUUAUAUAUACGGUAUAUUCAUCAGACUAGCCAUAUUUAUUUAUGACAAAUAUAUUAUGUUAUUUAUGUAUCUAUUGUAAGUUUGGCAUAGUUUUUUGGAGAUCAAUUUAACAAAUUAAAUUUAUAAACGAUGUGGGACUCAAACCCGCGACCUCUCGCGUUCCGUGUGAGCGCUCUUCCACUGAGCCAACCGUUUGAGUGACGUAAAGUUCAUAAAUCUUGGUAUGUCUUUGUUCAACUCUCAAUGGAUUCACUGGACAUUCUUUAGAAAUAAUGUUGAACCCUAAACAACAGAAAGACAAAGAUUUGCAAUAGAACUUUUUUGUAAUAACAUAGUUUCUUGUAUUUGGUGUGACCUCGUGUCCCCGUCAUGCCCUCUUAUCCCAUACUACCGAUAAUGGCCAGAUUGAUUGAUAAUUGAUAUUAUAAAUAGGACCCCUUGUUGCUUUUUUUAUGGAAACAAAUAUAGCCAAUACUAAAACUAAUGAGUUAUACAAAAUGCUUAAAUAAGUUUGCUUAAGUUAUUAACGUAUGUCUAAUAACUAUCCAUUCUGAAAGUGAUUCCUUCAAACCUUCAUAGUAGCCGCAUGGAUCUAUCACAUAGUAUUGUGAGUACAAAAAAAAUAAAAAUUGUUGAUUAUUUUAAAUUUAUUGCAAUUGCGAUCAUGAAAGAAGCUUGCGUAUUUAACAGUGAAUCUGUAACACGUGAAAUAUAUCAUGUUCUUAGAUCUAUUGGCAUUGUUAAUAAGUUGCAUUAUUCAAUGGGCCAUCAAAUGCAAUCAAACUAUUAAAUAUAAUAAGAAAUUCCUACAAUUGAAGAAGGUAUAGACUUAGAGACCCCGCAAACUGCAGACUUUUGAUCGGCCGAUAGUUUGGUUGGUUUCUUUGAAGAUGUAUGAGAGUGCGCACAUCAUAACGAUUCGGUAUUGGCCGACAAAAAAGUUUGAUGGGCUACACGAUUGUCUUCAAACUGAACCGUCGGCAAACUAUCGGCCGAGUGUUAAAUCAAUACGGCGCUCUUCUAGGCGCGUACACCACCGAUCGUUUAGUCGGCCAGACUCGGCCGAUAGUUCAGUUUGCACCAAGAUUUGGCACCGGACGGUCAUUUUUGUUUUUCAUGAUGGCGCUAUCCUGUUCUACUCCCGCAUUGAUUGUUGAAACGUCGAUCGAAAAUUUGAUAGAAGAAGUCGAAAAAAUGCCCACGCUUUAUAAAAAAACGAACUUUUCAGAAUAUUCAGAUGCAAACUGUCGGCCGAUAGUUGUCUAGUGUGUGCACUCAUCACAGAUCCAACUGUUUAGUCAGGCCAGUGUGCGCACUUAACAGCCAAACUCAACCAAAUUAUCGGCCGAUCAAAAGUCUCCAGUUUGCGGUGUCUCUUAAAACCGAAACACAAUAUCGGAUUUGGUACGGCCGGACUAUCAGACCUCGCACCAAUUGGUAUAACGUCGUACUCGUUACGAUCCGGACGGUGAUAAAUAUGUUAUGUUUUUAAAUUGAUAACCCUUACUUCUAGGAUUAAUACACAAAUAAAAUUUGAAAAACAAAAUUUUAUGAACGAUGCGGGAUUCGAACCCACAACCUCCGGCGUUCCGUGCCGGUGCUCUAAUCAACUGAGCUAACCGUUCGAGUACCGCCUCGUUAUAAAAUUCUGUUUGCUUUGUUCAACUAUCAGGUUGUGGCUUCAUCUAAUAAUAUAAUAAUAAUAAUUUUGUGUGAUGGACAAUGCGAACUACCAUCGAAUAUGGUCCGAACUGCACCGCGUCCGAUGGUUCGGCCGUACCAAAUCCGAUCAUGUGUUUAGGAUAUAAGCACUUACAGUAGAUAAAAGUAAAAAAUACCAAACAAGAUAAAUAUAUUGUGAAUGUUAAUCAAAUUGUAAUUUUAAGUGUUAAGGAAAUACCUAUAUUAUAUUUCUCAUCAAAUAAUAUAGCUUAAUAACAGAAAUGGUGUUUAUAAUUUUCUAUUAAUUUUAAUUGUUUAUAAUAAGAAAAUACCUGGUAAGUUUUGAUAAUAAAUAAAUUAUAAUCAAUGUU